AACUCCUGAACCAUAUAUCAACUGCCAAUUAAUUCAAGAGAGCAUUAUAUCCUUUAACACAGCCACAUUCUCUUAGACCAAUAUAAUGGAUAGCUCUGCUGUUGUUGUUAAGUUAGGUUGUGCACUCUUGAUCAUGUGCAUGUUGAUGCAUGUUGAGGCUGCUGUAACUUGUGGACAGGUUACCAGUAGCCUAGCACCAUGCAUAGGAUACCUUGAGGGAAACGGAAGUCCAUCCCCGGCUAAAGCUUGCUGUGGUGGGAUUAAGUCCCUUAACAGUAUGGCUUCCACCCCAGAUGAUAGGAAAGCUGCUUGCGGAUGCCUAAAGUCUGCGGCUGCUUCUGUUAAGGGUAUUAACUAUUCCGCAGCAAGUUCCCUUCCUGCUAAAUGUGGUGUCAACAUUCCCUACCCAUUUAGCACCUCAACCGACUGUUCUAAGAUUAACUAGACAGUAGUUAUCUGAGCUUCAGGCGACAGAGAACUAGAGAAGUAUCUAUGUGCUAUCAUAUGUCAGUACUCAGUAGUAGUACGUGUGUAUAAUAAGACUGAGUCUUGAUAGUGAUGAGACUCCUCCACCCGUUCAUUUGAGUACGUCCUCAUAGUGAUCACACGACUCCACGAGUCGCUUGUAUUUUGCUAUUUCAUGUAUUGUAUGUUUCAAUUCUACUUAAUUAUGACUUCGGUUUUCUAAGUA